AUGUUGUAUCGUCCGCGUUUGAAAAACGGCAAGUUGAUUCCACUUUCUUGGCCCGUUGCAGCCUAUCGGCUCUUGAAUCAUGUUUGCUGGCCACUGCGGGAUGACGCAAGCUACCUGCUGCGGCUGUACGACCGCUUCUUUUGGGCGUUCGGUUUCUGCAUAUUCAUGCAACACAACGACGCUGAGUUGCGUUAUAUAAUUGUCAAUAACAAUAAUCUGGAUGAGAUGUUAAUUUGUGGACCGACUUAUCUGAUUCUGGUUGAGAUUCACUUACGUGCCUUUCAGUUGGGCUUAAAGAAGGAUGCAUUCAAGCGUUUCUUGCAGAAAUUUUAUGCAACAAUUUAUAUAGAUGAGUCAUCUCAUCCCAAACUCUAUGCGAAUAUACAGAAAAGCUUGCGUCCAAUUUGGUUUUAUUCCCUAUUGUAUUUUAGCACUCUAUCGUCCUACAUAAUAAUACCGAUAAUUAACUACCUAAAUAAUGUCAAAGUGCCGCUCUACAAAAUGUAUUACCCGUUCGAUAUCACGUCGAAUGCGAUUUACGUGGCCAUUGUUUUAUCAAACAUUUGGGUAGGCUUCACCGUGAUCACAAUGGUCACUGGCGAGGACAACGUAUUAUCCGAAGUGAUGCUACAUUUAAAUGGACGUUUUCUGCUUUUGCAACAGAAAUUGCGUCACGAUGCCGAGCGUUUGUUGCAUGUAGUAGACGAUAGAAAUAUUGCUGACGGACUUCGACGGCGGGUUAUUGAAGCCAUUGAAGAAAAUGUUCGAUUGUAUAAAUUUGCUGAAGAUUUUGAACGUGAAUUCUCCUUUCGUAUUUUCGUCAAUUUGUCCUUUAGUGCCGGGUUGCUGUGUAUACUAGGAUUUAAGGUGUAUACGACUAACGAAAUGAGUUAUACUUUCUACGAAUGCAAUUGGGAGUUGGUUUUACUAAAGUCUGGAGAUUCGAAAGCAAAUGUACGCUUAAUGAAAACAUUGCUUUUGGCGAUCAGUACCAUUCAGAAACCAUUUGUUUUGACCGGUUUCAAGUAUUUCAGUGUCUCUUUGACGGCUGUUUUGAAGAUAUUGCAGGGCGCUGGUUCAUAUUUUACGUUUCUGACAUCAAUGCGCUAA